CUAUUUUCUUUAAAGGUUCUAAACACCGCGGGGCCAGUCGCGGUCAAGUUUCGCCGGCGGCUUCCCGUCGAUAAUUGUCGGAUUUUAAACAAAAAAAACACCACGAAAAUAUUCCGUUGCCGGCUUCGUUCCCGCAUCGACAGUCGCCUCGCGUUAAUUUGCUUUUUUAAAAUAUUCGCGGAUUUAUUUUAAUCACCACCCUCGUCUCUCCAACCCCCUUACGGCCUAGUUAACCCGGCGGGGAAAGCCUGCGCCUAGCCCCACCGGAAAAAUAGGCGAGGCCGCUAUCUUCCUUCGGGGUGGGGGUCCCGUCAUAAAAAAAAAAACCAUUAAGUUAACAACAAGAACGGGGAUAUGGCGCUGCUGGCGAAAGCACUGAACGUGCAGAGGACCAAGGCAGACCCAGAGGAGUUGUUCACCAAGCAGGAGAGGAUUGGCAAGGGCUCGUUUGGGAAGGUGUUCAAGGGCAUCAACAAUCACACGAAGGAGGUGGUGGCCAUCAAGAUGAUCGACCUGGAGGCGGCUGAGGAUGAGAUCGAGGACAUCCAGCAGGAGAUCACGGUGCUGAGUCAGUGCGACUCUCCCUUCGUCACACGCUACCACGGCUCCUACCUCAAGGUGCACACGCACGCGCACACGUUCAGCAGAAACGCCUCCAAAUCCUCCUGA